UCGAACUAAUUGGCUGAUCUACACAUUUACUUAUUUUUUUUCAGCUCUUAUUUUUGAUUUUGUAGGAUAGUAGAGAAUCAACAACAACGGCUGAUCGCUCAGUUACCAGCAUAUUACCCGGGAAUAAGUGGCUGCCGCAGCGUUGCUGAGUUUGAAUGUCUCAAUAGGAUUGAGGAAGGUACUUUUGGUGUCGUCUAUCGUGCGAAAGAGAAAAGAACAGAUGAAGUAGUAGCUUUGAAACGGUUGAAAAUGGAAAAGGAAAAAGAAGGAUUUCCAAUUACAUCACUGCGAGAGAUUAAUAUGUUAUUAAAGGCUGGUAAUCACCCAAAUAUUGUAAAUGUCCGAAUGUUUGAUUUCUGGGAGAUUGUUGUUGGCUCAAAUAUGGACAAAAUAUACCUUGUAAUGGACUACAUAGAGCACGAUAUGAAAAGCCUUAUGGAUUUUAUGCAUUCACGACAGAAACAUUUCACCAUCGGUCAAAUCAAGACUUUGAUGCGCCAACUUUUAUCGGGUGUAGAACAUAUGCACAAUGAGUGGAUUCUGCAUCGUGACCUCAAAACUUCAAAUUUAUUACUUUCCCACAAGGGGAUUUUG